AUGGAAAUUGAACAAAGUGCAUGUAUUAAUGAAAAAAGUGACGAAGAAAUAGCGAAAGAAAAUGAAGGAAGAAAAGAAAAAAAAAGAGAACGAAAUCGAGAAUACCAAAGGGCAUGGCGUCAGCGUAAAAAAGAUUUGAAGAAAAAAGUUUUGAAGGAAGAGAAAAAAGAAGAAAAAAGAAAAAGACAUCGUGAGAAUCAAAGGGCAUAUUAUCAACGUACAAAAGGUUUAAAGGAUAAUGACAAAAAUAUAGAAGAAUUGUUCCAAAAGAAAUUGGAUUAUUUGCAAAUGAAAAUAAAGAAAUUGGACAGUAAUGAAGACCAAGAGAAUAUUGUGCAAUGCAGAGCUUCUCAAAAUUUUGAAAAUGUACAGCUCGAAAAAAAUGAAUUCUUCACCCAACAACUUCGUAUAUGUGAAGAGAGUCACGAAUGCAUUACCCCCAAAGUCAUUCUACACAGAACUACAGAUAUUCCAGGUGAUGGUAAUUGUCUUUUCCACUCACUCAUACGUGUUCUGCAACUUCAAAUUUCGACUAGUGAUUUAAGAAGACAGUUACGUGAUUCACCUUAUUUUAACUCCUGCCACAAUCCACAGGAAGCAUAUAACAUACUCUCAAGUAACAAUGAAUAUGGAGACUUGGAUUGUUUAUACUUAUUUGCAAAAAAUUACAAUCAAAAUAUUUGUGUGCAUUACCACUAUUUCAACGUAAAUUCAAAAAAUGAAGACACUCGCUUCUGUCAUUUUAAAGCAAACGAUACACAUAAUUGGAUUCAUCUUGAUCUUCGUGAGCUGCACUUUACGCCUUACCUUUCUGAUGAUGAAAAGAAGAGAGAAGAUGAAAGAAAACAAAAGCAGAAAAACAAAGAAUAUUCUAAGCGGUAUCGAGAUAAAAAAAGAACAUCAAAAUUACUAACAGGCCCGUCCGCCAGAGUUGUGUUGGAUGCACAACCAGUCAUCAAUACUUCACAAAUUGCAGGCCCGUCCACCGGAGGUGUGCCAUAUGUUCCACCAGUUAUCCGUAGUUCCCAAAAUGCAGAUUUAUCUAUCUAUCUAUCGAGAGAUGUACCUUCAAGUCUAUCAAUACAUUCUAACUACAAUUCUAUCGAAGAUAAAGUGCGUCAAAGGCAUUUUCGUUCUCAAAUUGUUGAAUCAUCUCCACCUCAUAUACAUCUUCAAACAUAUUCUGCUUUUCAACAUAAUUCUUCUGCUCAUCGACAAUUUGAAAAUGAUUUUGUUGAAAAUGAAUUUGGUCAUGCUUGCGACAUUUGUGACAGACUGUGGUUUAGAAAAGAUUUGAAAUAUUUGCAGAAUAACGAUGCAACUCCAAAAAUUGAAUUUAUAAGAACAUUGCUCUCAAACAUUGCUAUACUGAAAAUAAAAAUAUGUUCGACUUGCUUUACAGCCAUUCAAAAGGAACGUAUCCCACCACUAUCAGUUUACAAUGGAUUCAAAUAUCCACCACUUCCAGACUGUCUUAAAGACUUGUCUUUGGACUUGGUAACUGAAAGACUUAUAUCGCCAAGGAUUCCAUUUAUGCAAAUUCGAAGGCUUCGGCAUGUUUACGGUCAAUAUGGAAUAUACGGGCAGGUGAUAAAUUUUCCGAUUGAAGUAAACACAAUGGUGCAUCAGUUACCAAGACAAGUGGAUGAUGAUCAUGCUAUAACAGUUCACAUUAAAAGGAAAACAAUUCACAAAUCUAGCUACGUGUAUGGUAUAGUGACCAAGAGAAAAAUAAAAGUGUGGUUACGAUAUUUAAAAGAUACUCCUCUUUACAAGUCCUACGGUGUUUUAGUUGAAGAUGGUUUUUUGAAUGAUAGAAGUUAUGACGUUGAAGAUGAAAUCAUCUUUGAUGAAGAUGGCGACAAUGAUAUUUUAGAACAAAUACCCAUCGAGGAAAGUUUAAUUGCACAGCAGCAAACAUUGAUGUGGAACGACGAUAUGUACUUGAGAAUCGCUUCAGGCGAAGGUGAUGCUCCAAGAAGUUUCCUGUUUGAUGAACAUGCUGAAGAAUUAUCUUUUCCACAAAUAUAUUUGGGGCAAUUCAGAGAAUUUAGGGAUGCGGUCACACCCUUCAUGAUGGCUACGAGUGAAUUAAGGAGAUCUGAUAGACGAGGAGUAACCCCUCAACACUUGUUGUACAUGGCUAUGAAAAUAAUGAGAAUUAGAAUUAAGGACUCUCUUCAUAUUUCAUUCAAGCAUGUCGGCCAAGGUAUUGCAAUAACUAAAGAGCAAAUACAAUCUGAUGAUUAUAUUCACGGCUGCAUUGAAACUAAUUUGGCAUUCCUUCGUUCUAUUCCGAAUUCAGCAUACUAUUGGGCAGAAAGGAAAAGAGAUCUUUUUGCUAUGAUUCGUCAAUACGGUAAGCCAACUGUUUUCUUUACCAUAAGUGCUAAUGAAAUUGGUUGGCCUAAAUUAUUACAAUUGUUGCAUAAUUUAAAAAAUAAUGCGAAAAUAUCGGUUGAGGAGGCUGCAGAUUUGCAUUUUAUUGAGAAAAGCACUCUUAUUAAUGAAGAUGCCGUAACAUGUGCUAUAUACUUCAAUAAGUUAGUCGAAAUUAUUUUAAAAAUAUUACAAUCAAAAAGGCACAGUCCUUUCAAAAAAUACAGGAUUUUGCAUUACUUUAAAAGAAUUGAAUUUCAACAUCGAGGUAGUCCACAUGCGCAUAUUUUAGCUUGGUUAGAUAAUGCCCCAGAAGACGCUCUUAACAGAGAUUAUAAUGAAGCUAUCGAUCUUAUCGAUUUUCUGAUAUCAGUAUCUGCUGCCGAGGCUUCUGGUGAUAUCCGAUUACAAACUCAUAAGAAUACUUCUACUUGCUAUAAAGGUAUAGCAUCGAGACGACAACAAAAAUGUGGAUUUGACGCUCCGUUUAUGCCAGUUAAGAAAACCAUGAUUCUGACGCCUAUGCCAGAUACAGAAAAUGGUUUCCAACAGUACAAGGCUAAAUAUAAUUCAAUCCAAAAAAACUUGGAAAAAUACGAAUACAAUGGUUUUCAAUCUUUCUACGAUGAACAUAAUAUUGCUUCAGAUGACGAAUAUGUCAACAUUAUUCGAGCAGGAAUUAAUAGACCACAAGUUUUUCCAAAACGUGAACCAUGUGAAAAGUGGAAUAACCCAUUUAAUCCCUUCAUAUUCAACGUUGUCAGAUCCAAUACUGAUUUCCAAUUUAUACCUGAAGAAUAUUCUUGUGCAGCUUACGUGGCCGAAUAUGUUAAUAAAACUAACAGAGGUGUUAGCAAUUUACAAAGACAUAUAAUUGAAAUAAUGGAUGAACAUCCUGAGUUUAAUUUAUAUGACAUUACUAAAAAUAUUAGCAUUAAUCUUUUGAACCACACUGAGAUGACGAGUCAAGAGGCUGCAUGGUAUCUAUUGAGAGAACCAUUGUCAAAAAGUUCAACUGUUAUCGUCUAUAUACCAACCAUUUGGCCAGUCGAAAGGCAUAGAAUAAAGAAGACAAUGAAAGAAUUAAGUGAACUAGAAGAUGAUUCAACCGACAUAUGGAAGGAAAAUUGGUUCGACAAGUAUGAGAAGAGAACUGAAGAUUUAGCAGGUAUUUCUCUUGCUCAAUUUGUUGCUAAAUAUUAUAAAAAUAACAAGGGUGACUAUGUACUCAGGGAAGAACCAAAAGUAAUACGAUAUCGCAAUUAUGAUAUGGGUACAGACUACAAUGAGUAUCGGAGAGAAAUGGUUACUUUGCACCUUCCGUUCCGUAAUGAAGAAUCGGAAAUACUUGCAGAAUCGCGAUAUCUUCAGUUAUACGAAGAAAAUGAGGCACUUAUUCUAGAUCGAAGAAAAGAGUUCGAAUCAAAUCUUGACAUCGAAAAAACAUUGGAAAUCUGCAGGAAGCUAAGUCGUGAAUAUGUUUCCGAUGAUGGAGAGGAGAUAAACGACGUCGUUGGUAGAAUUCCUAAUGAAAAUCUAUUUGCUGAAUUAUAUCACAAUCCAAACGCAGUUUUAAAUGAUGAUUUACGGCUUGCGUUGUUUGGUAAGCUUGGAUCAAUUGCUAAAAAAACGGCGGGUUGCACUCCGGGAGUGCCGGCAGAAGUGAAAACUUGA